AUGGAGGCGGAAAUCCAGAAGCGGAUUCCCGGAAUUGAUCAUGUGAUAUCUGAAUACUCAGUGGGUUACCUGACCCAUGCAUCUAAAACUUAUGUCGAGGACUCUGAUCCAAAUGCACCGUCGCCCUUGUCAGAAGCUGCGGAAGCAAUCUCGGCACUGCUUGUAUCUGCCUCAGGGGACUUCAGCCCUAAAAAUGAAGAGGAAAUCCAGAAUCUGAUCAAGAAAUUUGUCUCGACUCUCAGAGCUGCAAAUGGCGUCGAUGCCAAAUCCCAUGUGCCCUUUGCGGCCAAGAAGCUCGACCAGACCAUACAUGUCGGUUCGCAGCGCAAUAUGUCAUCGACCCUAGGCUUGGCUGGGGCUUCAGUUGACCUGGAAUCUGCCAAUACGCGGAAGGUGGAAUCCCGCGUCGACAAGAAGAAGCUAGAAAAGGCAGAGGCCAAGAUCCGCGCGAAGCAGGCGAGGAAAGUGAUGAAGACCGUUGAGUACGAGGCGUCACGCUUGCUCAAAGAGCCCGAGUCCACGCAGUCCUAUGAGGAGUUCUACAUGGCAGUCAACCCCUUACAACUGGGCGGGGAUGCGUCGAAGAGCAAGGAUGUUAAGGUCGACAGCUUCGAUGUUGCAAUCUCUGGCAAGCGGAUUUUAACAGAUGCGUCGUUGACCUUGGCAUAUGGGAGGCGCUACGGUUUGGUUGGCCAGAACGGUAUUGGAAAGAGUACUCUGCUUCGUGCGCUGAGUCGGCGAGAAGUGCCUAUUCCCACGCAUAUUUCCAUUCUUCACGUAGAACAAGAGAUUGCUGGUGACGACACUCCGGCAUUGCAAGCUGUUCUGGAUGCCGAUGUUUGGCGGAAACACCUUCUUAAGGAGCAAGACAAAAUCUCGGCUGAGCUUGCAUCCAUCGAGCAAGAGCGUUCGUCCAUGGCGGAUACUUCGAAAGACGCUAUACGCCUUGACAAGGAUAGGGACGCGCUCGACAUCACGUUAAGUGAUAUUCAAGGCAAACUAGCAGAAAUGGAGUCAGAUAAGGCAGAGCCUCGCGCCGCAAGCAUCCUUGCCGGGUUGGGCUUCUCCCCAGAGCGGCAGCAGUUUGCCACAAAGACCUUCUCUGGGGGCUGGCGUAUGCGUCUUGCUUUAGCCCGUGCUCUAUUUUGCGAGCCUGAUCUAUUAUUGCUCGACGAGCCGUCUAACAUGUUGGACGUGCCGUCCAUUACAUUCUUGUCAAACUAUCUCCAGACGUAUCCAAGCACGGUCUUAGUUGUUUCUCACGAUCGAUCAUUCCUCAAUGAGGUUGCAACUGAUAUUAUCCACCAACAUGCUGAGCGAUUGGACUAUUAUAGAGGUGCUAAUUUCGAAUCCUUUUACGCAACCAAGGAAGAGCGAAGAAAGACUGCCAAAAAGGAAUACGAAAAUCAAAUGGCUCAAAGAGCUCAUUUGCAAGCUUUCAUUGAUAAAUUCCGCUACAACGCCGCGAAAUCCUCCGAAGCGCAAUCAAGAAUCAAGAAACUCGAGCGCAUGCCGGUUCUGCAACCGCCUGAGAACGAAUACGUCGUCCACUUCAGUUUCCCAGAGGUCGAGAAACUAUCUCCACCCAUCGUGCAGAUGUCAGAAGUCUGCUUCGGUUACACAAAGGACAAACCUCUUCUAAAGAACGUCGACUUGGAUGUACAGCUCGAUUCACGGAUUGGCAUUGUUGGGCCCAACGGAGCUGGCAAAACCACUGUGUUGAAACUGCUCAUUGGCCAACUACAACCCACGUCAGGACUCAUAUCUCAGCACCCUAGACUCCGGAUUGGGUUCUUCGCGCAGCAUCAUGUGGAUGCACUGGACAUGAAUACCAGCGCUGUCGGAUUCAUGGCAAAAAAUUACCCGGGACGGACAGACGAAGAAUACCGGCGACAUCUAGGAGCUUUCGGCAUCACCGGCAUGACGGGCCUUCAAAAGCUUGAACUCCUAUCCGGCGGCCAAAAGUCCCGCGUUGCCUUUGCGUGCCUCUCGCUAACGAACCCGCACAUCCUCGUUCUCGACGAGCCGUCCAACCAUCUCGACAUCGAGGCGAUGGAUGCGCUGUCCGACGCAUUGAAGAAAUUCCAGGGCGGCGUGCUGAUGGUCUCGCACGACGUGACGAUGUUGCAGAAUGUGUGCACAAGCUUGUGGGUCUGCGAUCAUGGGACGGUGGAGAAGUUCCCUGGCGAUGUCAAGGCGUAUAAGAAGAGGAUCACAGAACAAGCCAAUGCGGCGGGAGUGGUUGCUGCGCAUUAG